CAAAGAAAGAUAGCCCGAAAUCGAAAACGUUAUUCGAAACAAUGUGAAAGUGAAAUCUCCAGAUUUCACUUUCCAUUUUUCUUUAUUGUCUUCAUCUUCAUCUUCUUCUUGUGCUAUAUAUUCCCAUUUUUGGACCAGACCUUUUGAUGUGUAUUUAUUAUUACAAUAAUUACUUCUUGAAGGCGGGGGUGGUAGCGUGCUAGCUACUUGUUCCUCAAAAGGAGAGGAAUCAUACUGUUCACUUUGUUAAGCGGAAAAGUUUUCCAAACAUUUGUUAAUUCAAUUGCUCAGCAUUUUUUUUGAAGAUUGAGAGGUCAAUAUAGCAUUGGAGAUAAGGAAAGAAGCUGGUUAAUAGUAGGUAUAAAUGGCAACGCUCGCAGAUAUAACGGUUUCCGGAGCUAUAAAUGUACUGAGUGCAUUCAUUUUCUUAUUGGCGUUUGCAAUUUUGAGGCUACAACCUCUCAAUGAUAGAGUUUACUUUCCAAAAUGGUAUCUGAAGGGCGUAAGAGGCAGCCCCUCGCGCUCUGGGGCGCUUGUUCGUAGGGUUGUGAAUUUAGACUUUAGGUCAUAUAUCCGGUUUUUAAAUUGGAUGCCGGAAGCGCUUAAAAUGCCGGAGCCUGAGCUUAUUGAUCAUGCAGGAUUGGAUUAUGCUGUUUACUUGCGCAUUUACUUGAUGGGACUUAAGAUUUUUGUACCUAUAACAAUCCUUGCUUUGGCUAUCCUGGUGCCAGUCAACUACACCAAUAAUGCUCUAGAGGCAGUCAAGAUGGUGGCCAACGUGACUGCUAGUGACAUUGACAAGCUUUCAAUUUCGAAUAUACCACUUAAAUCACAAAGAUUUUGGACGCAUAUAGUGAUGGCUUAUGCCUUUACUUUCUGGACAUGCUAUGUGUUGCUUAGGGAGUAUGAGAAAGUUGCUUCAAUGAGGUUGCAAUUUCUUUCCUUGGAAAGACGUCGUCUAGAUCAAUUCACAGUCCUUGUUAGGAAUGUACCUCCUGAUCCAGAUGAAACUGUCAGUGAGCUCUUGGAGCACUUUUUUCUAGUGAAUCACCCAGAUCAUUACCUCACUCAUCAGGUGGUGUGCAAUGCCAACAAACUAGCCAGCUUGGUCAAGAAGAAGAAAAAAAAGCAGAACUGGCUUGACUACUACCAACUCAAGUACUCCAGGAAUCAAUCGCAGAGGCCUCAGAUGAAGACUGGUUUCCUUGGGCAUUUUGGGGGAAAAGUGGAUGCAAUCGAUCAUCACAUAUCAGAGAUUGAGGAACUGUCAAAAGAAAUAGAAGAAGAGAGGACAAGGGUAUUAAAGGAUCCAAAGUCUAUCAUGCCAGCAGCAUUUGUUUCAUUCAAGACUCGAUGGGGUGCAGCUGUCUGUGCACAAACUCAACAAUCAAGAAAUCCGACUUUGUGGUUAACAGAGUGGGCUCCGGAGCCACGCGAUGUAUAUUGGCAAAACUUAGCCAUUCCGUACAUGUCACUCAAAGUUAGGAGGCUGAUAAUUGGAGUUGCAUUCCUUUUACUUACCUUCUUUUUCAUAAUACCUAUUGCAUCUGUACAAGCUCUAGCAAGUAUCGAGGGAAUAGAGAAGAGAGCCCCUUUUCUGAAGUCUGUUAUUGAAAUAAAAUUUAUCAAAUCUGUUAUCCAAGGUUUUCUUCCUGGCAUUGUGUUGAAGCUCUUCCUUAUCUUCCUGCCAACAAUAUUGAUGAUCAUGUCUAAAUUUGAAGGCUUCAUAUCUCUAUCAUCUUUGGAAAGGAGAUCAGCAACAAGAAAUUAUAUUUUCCUCGUUAUCAAUGUAUUCCUUGGGAGCAUACUCACUGGAGCUGCAUUUGAACAGCUAAAUUCUUUUAUUAAGCAGUCUGCUAACGAAAUUCCUAAAACAAUUGGUGUAGCUGUUCCAAUGAAAGCAACUUUCUUCAUAACCUAUAUAAUGGUUGAUGGAUGGGCUGGGAUUGCUGGGGAAGUUUUAAUGUUGAAACCACUGAUAUUCUACCACUUGAAAAAUUUCCUUUUGGUGAAGACUGAAAAAGACAGGGAAGAGGCAAUGGAUCCUGGAAGUCUUGGUUUUCACACUGGCGAACCCCGUAUACAAUUAUAUUUUCUGCUAGGGCUUGUAUAUGCAACAGUGACACCAGUUCUCCUUCCAUUCAUAGUUAUUUUCUUCGCCUUCGCCUAUUUAGUGUUCCGUCAUCAGAUCAUAAAUGUUUACAACCACGAGUAUGAAAGUGGUGCAGCAUUCUGGCCUGAUGUCCACGGGCGUAUUAUUACUGGGCUAGUAAUCUCACAGCUGGCUCUGAUGGGAUUACUGAGUACAAAAGAAGCUGCACAGUCAACACCAUUUCUCGUUGCUCUCCCUGUCCUCACUAUAUGGUUUCAUAGGUUCUGCAAUGGACGCCACAAAUCUGCAUUUGUCAAAUAUCCAUUACAGGAAGCAAUGAUGAAAGAUACCCUGGAACGAGCAAGGGAUCCAAACUUUAAUCUGAAAGCUUGCCUUCAUAGUGCAUAUGUUCAUCCAAUUUUCAAAGGUGACGAUGAUGAUGAAGACGACCUGAGCGUAGAGAUGGAAACUGAGAGUGUCUUAGUGCCUACAAAACGCCAAUCGCAAAGAAAUACACCAGUACCAAGCAAAAUCAGUGGGGGAUACUCACCAUCUUUGCCGGAGGCAGUUAAAAAUGGAGAGCUCUGAAAUGGAGAUCGUUAAAUAUGACGUGCAUGAAUACACCUCGCUGUACAUUUGACACAAUCCAUUGCCAGGAGACGGUGAUCUGUUGUAAAUUAAAGGAGUCACAAAGAGCAAAGUUUUUUCAUAGAGGGAAAAGGAAGAAGGGCCUGGUGAAAUUCUGACACGAAAUCGUGUUCUGGAUUUUAUCGCAACGAAUGGUCCUUCAAACUUCAAAGACAAAUAUAGAUGAAUGAUAGCAUGGUAAAAAGUAGAUAAUGUGUGGAUUUCUAAAUUUUGAUUUUUACAACUAUACAUGUUAAUCGCCAUAUUCAAUGAAAAGAUUAUAGGGGAGACUUUGGUUCCCCCUUGUCUCCA